AUGGAAGAAGGGGAAUGGACAUUUUUUUACAAUAUUGAUGAGGUAGGUGACACUACAAGAGCUGAAUUCUGGACAUGAUUGUUUCCACUAAUUUUGAAUGUGGCCAAUAUACACAAUCCAAUACCAUUGGCGUACGAGAUACGUGAACGCUGAAUUUACCACUGCUGCGCCCCUCCCCCUCCCCCCGCCCGCCCCCUUAAUUGUUGUUCGGGCAGCGUGUACUUACAAGAAGCGAGACCCUGAACCAAGAUGACCAAGAAGCGAAGUUCAUAUAUGCACCAGAUUUUUCUUUCCUCGGACGUAGGGCCCUUCCCCACCAACUUAAACAGGUAGGACCAGGGAUCUAUUCCCGUAAAGCUGGGAGUCUUUUAGCACAUGUUAAGUGGCACUGCGCAGCGUAUUAAGUUAUAAAUCUUAUACGAUUUAGGACGGCAACGCGACCGCAACGGCCACCAAUAGUAAUUUAUUUAAAGUCAAUAGAUAGUGAGUGAUUACUCAAUCUCCCGAGCCAUAGGCUCAUGUUAAAAAUGCUCGUUUAUUUACUCUAUGGGUGACCACUUGUACAAAUUUGAAACUAAGUAAGAUCCAAUACAAUAAAUCAUUGAAAAUGAUUGAAUAAUUACAAUAUAUGAAUAAUUGAGACAUUGUCUUCGCUCUGUUUGCAACGCCCAAUCACAGAUUUUCACGUCUUACGCAACGGCUGCAUUUCAAGCCUCAACAGGUCAACUUCAAACCGGCUUCAACAGAACUCUUCCCAAACAUAAAACUCAUGUCUUCAACUUCGAAGACUGUUUUAAAUUCACACGAUUGAUAAUAUACCACGAAUUAGCUUUACCACCAUUUAUUUGAAAGAUUUUAUUUUGCCCGUCGUCGUCGCGUUGCCGUCCUAAAAUCGUAUCGUCUCUAAUAAUUCAAAAAGGAAGAAAUAUGCGCGUUUCCGAAUUAAUCUCUUAGAUGAUAUUUGGAACACCUUUUAAGUUGUCCCUCCCGUACGUCGGUGUCGCGAAUGUUGUUAUAUAAAUGAAUUUAUUAAUUAACGAAGAGACAAUGUUUUUUUUAUCUGAUUUGCAUGAGGCAGGACUCAGAACUAAAAACCUAUAUUAUUAGUGUUGCGAUUUAAUUACAUACGUCUCCAAUAUUGUCCUAUCUCACUAGUCAUGACAAUAAAUAUUUGUCACGACUUGUGAAAUGACAUUUCGUCACGACUUGUGAAAUCAAUUGCAACGAAUCGUCACAAGAUAUGAAUGGGAAACCUAGAAUCGGAUUACAUGAGGUUAAUACAAAGUGUGCUUACGUGGGUCGAGCUCGCCGAAAUUCGUCACGAUUCGUGAAAUUAUUAAUAUAAAUAUAUAUGUUUGUUACUCGUCCUUCAAAACAGACAUGAUUCAUAAAUACCAAAAAUGGUACAGAAUGCUAAAGACUUUCGAACUUAUGCCAUUUUUCAGAGAUGUUGUCAUUUCUAAUGUCAGAAAACAUAUCAUAUAAAACAUUUUUGUAUGUGUGUUUGUGCUAUGUACUCAGGUGAAUAAUUAUGAUGUUUAAUUUUAUAACUCGAAACCGAUUUGACCACGCAGCUCAGUUGGCAGAGCAUUGGACUAUCCCAAAAGUCGCGGGUUUGAUUCCCACCGUGGUCAGGCAAACAUUUCUGCUUUCCGGUGUGGAUUCACACUCAGAGUAACAUCACAAACAUCAUAGGCUUAUCGUGUGCGCCGUGUGUGGCUGCACCUUUUAUCGCUCUCGUGUUUUAAUAAUAUUGGUAUCGUAUGAUAGUUUAAAGUUGUAUGAAAUGGUCCAGAUCCGUCUUACUGUCUUACUCUAAGACUAAAUAUGACAUUGAGUAUGAAGUUAAAACGACACUUGAGGAGUUUCAUAUCGGGAAGGAAUCUAAAUGCACUAGGAAAGUUCGAAAGCCAACGCGACGUGGAAGGCGAGCUGGUAAGAAGAAAGUAUGCGAACUUUUUCAACAGAGAAACACUCAAGAAUCAGAAUAUCGAAGUAUUCCAGUUCGUAUUACCGAUCGAACUUAUGGCGGGUUUAAUCGAGAUAAAGCUCUUCCUGUUAGACCUCAGUACUAUAAAGUCAUCUCAACGAGGAAGGAAGCUAACUUGCCUUCGGUAUUGCUUGCCAAUGUUAGAUCGUUGCGUACUAAAGUCGAUGAAGUAGGAGUUGUUUCUCGUAUAAACAAUGUAAGUGUUGUGUGUCUGACUGAGACGUGGCUGGACGAUGAAAUUUCAGAUUCGUAUGUAAGUAUACCAGGAGAAUAUUUCAGGAAAAUGAAGUAG